GACUACACGCUAAGGUCGUAUGUAGGUCGGUCUCUCUGCGAUCAGUAGUGCAGACGAUAAGUGAGCAAAUUCUACCAUAAUCGAUAGAUACAGCGCGAGAGAUAUAGAAAAGCAAGGAGGCGAAAGCUAGACAUAAUUGCUGCUUUCUCAUUUCGAGACCACGGUUUGAAAGAGUAAUUUCUUUGAAAAAGGUGAAAACUACCCAUCAUUCUGCGUUGCAAGUAUUUAUAUAUUGUGAAUGCUAAGUUAAUUUCAAAGGACAAAACUUUUUGACGUUUUGCAACUAAAUCAAGGCCGUCGUCGAGUUGAGACUUUACACUAGUUUGACUACUCCGAAUAGCCACCGGAACCAAUGUUAAUUUCUGAAAUAUACAUUAUUUCAUCAUGUUCGAUGACUGGAUGAUUAUUUAACCUGACGGAACUAAGGAGUCAUGACAUCCAAGGCGCCUGAGAAAGCAUCUGGUGGUCUCCCGAGACCAUAUACCACGAAUACUUUUCGACAAAAGUUGGAGCAAUUUGAAGAACUAAUUGCCCGUCUCACCCAGCAGGACAGCGAGGCAAGCGCGGAGGAGCGUCGGCAGGCAAUCAAUGAAAACCUGAGGUUUGACACGUUCUGUGAUUCGAUCCAAGCUUUAUUUGGACCAGACAUCCGAAGCAGCGAUCUGAAAUCAAUUUUCAGAAAAAUCAGCAACAAUCCAGAUGCUAAGGUUGAUUGGAGUGAGAUUUUUGGAUACUUUCAUUCUACGACUGAUGAACCUGAGCCGAUGCUAAAUGAAGACAUCAGUGUUUUUACUGUCUCAAAGAAACAAAGAGUUGGAGAGGCUGCAGGUGACAAGAAGAGAAGAGAUGUGAUUCAUGCUGCAACAAGUGUACCUCAGGUAGAUGUGUAUCUAGCAGCAUCUCAGAAAGGGGUUAUAUCAGUAUGGAACUGUAAGACACUGAGAUUACAAGCAUGCUGUGAUGUUAAUGAGACGUGCUGGGUGACAGGAGUAGACUAUUUGCCAAGUUUGCGUAGGAUUGCUUGCUGUACAGAACGUAGCAUUUGUGUUUGGGAUCAUAGAGCUAAAGGAAAGAACCAGAGUAUCUUUUGCAUCAAGCCCACUGACAACUCUGUCCAAUGUCUUGCCUGGGUUCCUCAUGCCCAAAACCUUCAUGAGGAUAGUUUAGUGUUUGGUGAUGAUCAGGGUUCUAUUAGUCUACUUACAAUAGCUGCUAAAGAUCUCAAUACUAAGCAUGCUAAGGUAGAUAAACGCAAUCAGAAUCUCAUCAUUGAACCAGCUACUCUCACAUAUCCGAUUGUGAAAAGAAAGUUCCAUGACAACUGGGUGCUGAAGAUCAAAUACUUUCCUGAGUUAAGAUGUUUCGCAUCCUGUUCACCAAGUAGUAAUACUUCAUUUGUUCUUGAGUCAGUUGAUAGAAUCACUGAUAAUCAACCAUUCAAGUCCAUUAGUAUCCCUAAGGGAGUCAACUCAUUUGCCUUCUGUUCAAGAGCCAACAUCAUAGCAACUGGAGGCAAUGAUAAGAUUGUCCGUAUCUGGCAUCCACAUAUCUUCUCAAGACCUACGGGCAAGAUGAUUGGUCAUCUCUUUACUAUCAUUGAUGUAGCAGUCAAUGAGAAGGACCAACAUGUCAUUAGUUUAUCAACAGCUAGGGUAUUCAGAAUAUGGGAUAUUCACACGCUGACAAGCUUACAGGUGUUUACUGAUAAUGAAGACAGGCCGGGUGAAAAGAGGAUUCAUUGUAUGGUAUUUGAUGAGAAACAUGAGAGACUCAUGACAGGGUCUAGUGUGUUGGAUGUAUGGCCUUUAACAAGAACAGUACAGGAUACUAUGCAGGUACCUCAUACUCAUGAUAGACCAAUCAGUCAUGUACUAUGUAAUGAUGAACUCAAUCAGGUGGUCUCUGUUUGUACGGAAUCUGUUAUCAAGGUUUGGGAACUAGAAUCUGGUAAAGCUGUUUAUCAUGUGACUGGGUCACAUGGUCCAAAUACAGAGGUCACUGCCCUUGCCAUUGAUACAACUGGAUAUAGACUGGCAUCUGGUGCAAUAGAUGGUUCAAUCAGAGUAUGGGACUUUGGAAGUGGUCAAGAAAUUCGUUCCUGGGUCUACUGGUCAGAGAAUGAGAAAGAAGAGGAUGUAUCUAUUGCUUCAAUGCUUUACUGUGAAGUACAAAAGUUUGAUGACCCAAAGCCACAUCGAUGCUUAGCUGUGUUGGGUUGGAAUAACAAACUCAAACUUUUAGAGGACCCUGCUGAUCAUGGUGACUUGGUCCUGUUUGCUGAGUUCUCAGGCUACACCCAGCUACCUGACAGUCUAGUCUUACCAACUAGUCCUAAUCCUAGCAGUGGAAGUAGCAGUGCUAGGGGUGGUGGAAGUGUGAGUCCCUUCAACAAGUCAGCUCCACUUCCAUCCAUUGGUCAAAGUGUUGCACAGGUCACAAAUAUGGCUCGGGAGGAUGACAUUCUUCAGUAUUAUGAUAUGACUUGUACAGCCUUCAUGAAUCCAGAUGUACUCGCUACAGGAUGUUCUAAUGGUAACAUUCUUCUAUGGGAUGUGUCAAGAGGUGCUGUUGAUAAUAUAUUUGAGAUGCCACCACUUGCUCCUGGACCAGAAGAUGAGAAUAGAUUGAAGAGUCCUAAUCCUCACAAGGUCUAUAUGAUGAUGUUUCUUAUUCAUAGAACAAGACGACCAGAUCCUGCUUAUAUCAAGAAACUAACAGUAAGACAGGAAGGACCAUCAACUCCUGGAACUGAUUUAGAAGGGAUCAAGGAAGGUGAUGAAGACUCAGAUGCUUCUUCAUUUACUCAGAAAGAAAAGGUUGAAGAUGAGGAAGGGAUGGAGGAAGAUACAAAGAGCCCAAGGGAUGGAGAAACUGAAGACAUGGAUACUGCUAUCCAAGAUGGAGAUAAGGAAGAAGAAAAGAUGGAAGAUGAUGAGAUGGAGAGGUUAGGUUCCAAGCCAGAGAGUGAGCAGGAUCCUAAUGCUAAGAUGUUGGUCACCGAGUAUGAUCCUAUUCUUGUCUCGGUUCAUGCAGAUUCUUUCAUUAGAUUCUGGACUAUGGAGGGAGAGGUUGUGAGGAUGUUGAGUCCUAUGACUAAGAGACAAGGUUCAGCUGUAACAUCAAUCUGUUCAGAUGAAGAUUGUAAUAUGAUCAUUACUGGAGAUAUGAAGGGUUACAUAACAAUGUGGAAUGUUGCUGCACUCUUGGAGGACCCCCUAACAGAUGAUCAUGGAGCAGUACAGCAGCUGAUAAGUUGGAGAGCUCACCUUAGUAAGAUUGUUAGUCUGAUCUAUGUAGAUAGGAUGAAGAUUAUCAUAUCAGGAUCAACAGAUGGUUCAGUCAGGGUUUGGUAUGGUGAUGCACCCCAGAGAAGUCACUUCAUGGGAUUCUUUGGUCAACAUAGACCAUGGAACUACCCCAGUGCUGAAAGCUCAAGUGAACCUGUAUUACCCUAUGAUAUAGCUGAGAGACCCCUCCUGCCACCAAAGAGGGAGAAUGAGAAGAAGAAACAGAAUACUCAGAGCUAUGAGUAUCCCCUCAUCUUUGAUAGUGACAAAUGGAAGCCAUUCCGUCGUUCAGCUUAUCAACAGACCAGAAACAAGAAGAUGGAGCCUGAAGAUAAGAAGUUCUUUGAAGCGCUUCAGAAGCCUCACUUCUACAAUGAUCAUCUGAAGAGUUUCAAGACAGGAGAAAUGAGUCUUGGAGCAGUGUUCAGAGCCCUACCAGUCUAUAGAGUGAGUACACCUGAGAGAUUAGAAACACCAGCUAUGGAGUACAGUAAAUCAGCUUUAGCCAAUGAUUCCUAUCUAUAUGGACCACCUCCACCUAGGAACAACAGGGCUCCUUCACCUAAUAAAGAAGUCUCAACAAAGCCAAGCAAAGGUCAGAGUCAGAAGAAAGGUACAGUUUCGCCGAUAAGAUCACCUCUUCCAUCACCACGGCGACGAACAACAGACAAAACUCCAAGAUGAUGCAGCAUAAUUCUUCCAUGCCAAUCGGCUAUGAAUGUCAACCUUAAUCUAUAAACAUUCAUGCAUUUAUAUAAGAGGAAUGCACAAGAGAAUUGAUGAUGCAUUAAUUAGUGAAUGUAUCUAGUAUCAUCUGUGAUGGUUUAUCAGUGUUAUCAUCUUCCUCCUACCUGUUAUCUCCUCCCGUUUGAAUCUUCUUGAAUCCAUUGGACCUCUUGCCCAUAUAUGACAGUAUUAGUGUAUGUAGAUAUGCAUUUCAUCUUCCAUCACCAUCAUCUAUCCAAAUACUUUGCGCCUUGUGCAUCCUUCUACUUCAGAGUAUAACUCCUUUCUUCAUCAUUAAGUCUUUGCUUUUCCUUAUGCUCUCAUAUUGUAUUUCAUAAUGCCAUAUACCAACAUCUCCAUCUCCCCCAACACAAAUAUAUACAUUUAAAAGACCUUUUCAGUUUGCUUUAACACACACAUUUCUCCCUCUUUCACUUGUCAGUAAACUUCCUUUCACUCUUUAAUCAUUUUUCUAACCUGGAGGUUAUAUGUUGUAGAGACUAGAGAGAAAAAACACCAUCUAAUUCUAUUUUGCUUACUAUAAUUGACAGUGACGUUUGUAGAUAACAAAUACUAGUUUUUGUGACAUAAGUUAUAGGCAUUUUGGAUGGAAUUGUGGCAUACAUAAUUAAGAUAAACUGUUGAAAGAUGUUUCUUCAUCAUUGUUAAGUUAUAUAUCUGUCAAAUAUUGUUUUUAUUGAUAUGUUGACAAAUCAGAAUGCUAUUGCAUGAUUUAGUAAAUUUCAUAAUUAUUUCAAACUGAGAUAUGUAUUUAAUGACAUGAUGUAAGUUCACAACCCCUCGGAAGCCAUUCCUAUGCAAAGUUGGUCAUGUGAUAUUCUUCUAUUAUUUUGACAGCUUGACCUUUUUUUUUUGCAUUGUAAAAAUGUUACUGGUAUCAAUUCUGAUUAUAUUCUUGUAUAUUUUGAAAAGAUAUGGUUGAUUGACCUUUAUUUAUCAUUGGACCAAACUAUGCAAUGAUAUAUCAAGUUAGAAUUGAUGAUUGUGUGAAUCAUAGUAUUUAUUUGAUAUAUAGUACUGUAUAUUUUAUCUUUUAAAUGAUGAUCAAGGGUGAUCAAAUUACCAAAGAAUAGUAUUCAACCUUGUUACUUAAAUUAAGUAUUCUUUUUCAUCUGUCUUUUUUUAUACUCUAGCACUUCAGUUGUGUAUAGAUCUGUCCAUAUCUUUUUAUAAUGAUUUGAAAGCAGCUUAUAUUGGAUUUUCUAGCAAUUAUAUUAUAUCCGUCCCAUCUUCUAGUAAAUUCUCAACAAUUAAGUCAUUUAUAGAAAAGCUAUAUCAGUUAUGUGUGUAUUGAAUAUAUAAAUAUGUAAAUAAAGAUCUUGACCUAUAUUUUCUCUCUUGAAUUCACCUUGAAAAUAUGGUGUAUUACACUCUUUAUACAUACAUGUAUUUAUAGAUUAUUCUAAUUUGAAUUUGGGAGUGUUUUGUAAAUGUGGGCGUGACAUCUCAACUCAUUUGAAGUGAAGUUUAUUUGCUUUGGUGGUUGCAUAUUAACAUGCACAAAGUGCAACUCAUUUAUCAAAAGAUCGUUUAUGGGUUUUGAUUCUAGUACUUAUUAAUGAAGUAAGAUGAGACAUGCUUGUGUUUGAACAUCAAAUUCUAAAAGUAUGAACUGAGAAAUUAUCUCAAGGUAUUUAUUUCAAAAUCAAGUCAGGAUUUUGUUUUCAAUUUGCUUUUUGCAACAUUAACAGAUGUUAUCUUUUCAAUUUAUGUUACCUGUCAAUUUGUUUGAGUAUAGAAUUUUGUUUCACCUUUUACAAAUGCUACCCUGGUAUUCUUUAAAACAUUAACAGUGAAAUAAGGAAAAUCCAGGCAAAUGUAUAAUAUGCCUGGCCAUUACACCAAAAUAUUUCACUAUACAGAGCUUGAGAGGUAUAAAUUUCACAUAUCCAAAUUAUUUCAAAAAUAUUUUCUUCAAUAAUUUGUUGUUUUUAGCUCAGAUUUCUAAUUGACUAUAUUUUGUUCAGCUCAUCUGCUACACUUUUUUUUUUUAUCUUCAAACUUGCAUACAUGUAUAUGGUGAUGUAUUAAUUGGCUGGUCUGAAUAUAUUCAUAGAGGGCAUCAUACGAAUUGAUUCGCUUUUAUUUUCCUGAAAUAUUUAUCAAGUUUGAGUGUUUGCAGGGUGGAAUAAAAUAAUUCAAAUUAUUUAAA